UGCGCCAGCUCCGCCGAGGCAUCCGCUCCUGGGACAUCGACCUCACCGCCUGCAACCUGGACGAGCAGCUCAAGCUCUUCGUGUCGCGCCACUCGGCCACCUUCUCCAGCAUCGUGAAGGGCCAGCGCACCCUCCACCACCGGGGCGACGUGCUGGAGACCCUGGUGCUGCUCAACCCUUCCGACAAGUCCCUGUGCGACGAGCUGCGAACCCUCAUCACGGACGUGUCCCAGCACAAGUUGCUGGUGUUCGCGGGGCCCUGCGUGGAGGAGACGGGCGAGCUGAUGCUGCAGACGGGCUGCUUCGCGCUGCGGGACUUCAUCCAGAUCUUCGCAGACAAGGAGGUAGGAGAGAUGCUGAGUUCCGCUGCCCCCUCUGCCAAGGCCAGGCUGACCAUCAGCUGCCCUGACUUCGGAGAGUGGAAGGACUCGGCUCUGGACCAUCACAACCUGCAGGACUUCAUCGAGCUGCGGUACAACCCGGGCUGCAUCCUGCCGGAGAUGGAGGGGCUGGAGGAGUUCAUGGAGUACCUCUCGGAGUCCCUGGAGCCCCAGUCCCCCUUUGAGCUCCUCGAGCCUCCCACCAUGGUCGGCUUCCUCAAGCUCUCCAAGCCCUGCUGCUAUAUCUUCCCGGGCGGGAGGGGCGACUCGGCCUUCUUUGCGGUCAACGGCUUCAACGUGCUGGUGAACGGCGGCUCCAACCCCAAGUCGUCCUUCUGGAAGCUGGUCCGGCACCUGGACCGCAUCGACUCCAUCCUGGUGACGCACGCGGGCACCGACAGCCUGCCCGGCGUCAACAGCCUGCUGCAGAGGAAGCUGGCGGAGCUGGAGGAGGACCCGUCGCAGGGCUCGCAGGGCAACGGCGACUGGGCCAAGAACCUCAUCUCCCCGGAGCUCGGCGUCGUCUUCCUCAACGCCUCCGAGAAGCUGAAGGACAUCGAGGGCAACUCCCAGGUGCUGAAGAGCUGCGAUGAGGCCGCCCUCGCCCUGCGCUACCUGGACAAGCUGGGCAUCCGCCCCAACCCGCUGGCGCGGGAUAGCAGCCCCCGCGUGGAGCCCACCGUCCUCUUCCAGAAAAUGGGGGUCGGCCGGUUGGACAUGUACGUCCUGAACCCUGUGAAGGGCACCAAGGAGCUCGAGUUCCUCAUGCAGCACUGGUCAGGCAAUAGCUACCCCAAGGAGCAGGACUUGCCCCUGCAAUGUCUGACCUCCAUCUGCGCCCUGCUCGUCUGGCACCCCGUCAGCCCCUCCGAGAAGAUCAUCCGGGUCCUCUUCCCUGGCUGUACCCCGCAGACCCACAUCCUGGAGGGGCUGGAGAAGGUCAAGCACCUGGAGUUCCUCAAGCACCCCGUGGUCACCAAGAACGACUUGAAGGGGCUGUCUGCACCCCAGCCCGAGAAGCAGCUCAAGCAGAAGAGGACCGAGAGCAAGGAGAGCCUGAAAUCUGCUUCCAAGCUGAGUCUGGUGGACACUGGGACCCCAGCGCCAAAGGAGAAGGCUCCAAAGACAGAGAAGAAGGAGGUGAAGUCGGGGACCAAGGAGAAACCAAAAUCACUGGGAGAGGUGACUAGAGCAGGGUCAGAAGAGGAGAGAGCCAAGGAUGCUCGAGCCAAGCUGGACUCCUCCAUGGAAAAGCUCAAAGCUGACACAAAACCCAAGGUGAAUAAAGAGAAAACGGUGCCCAAGAAGGAGCCUCUUCCCCGAAAAGAAGAGAAGAAGCCGGUGAAGAAGGAAGAUGGGACUGAGGCCAAGAGUGAAGCCAGGAAGGAGGUGAAGACAGUGAAGAAGGAAGUGAAGGCCGAUACGCUGCGAAAGGACGUGAAGGACAGCAAGGCCGAGAGCAAAACUGCUGCAAAGCCCCCAGCCCGGAAAGCGCCCGUCCCGGACACGCGCAAACCCUUGGCCAAAGCCGGAAGCAUGAAGAAAUCCACCCUCAAGAAGGAGCCAGAGAAGCCCAAGAGCAAAGCGCCCAAGGAGGCCGGCGGCAAGAAGGAGCUGGGGGCGUCGGAUGGCUCCAAGCCGUCCUCCCCCGAGGACCUGCUGCCGGAGGCCGAGCAGGGCCGGGAGGCCGCAUUGCCCGGGGCCGAGGGCAGGAGGAAGGAGGACUCGACAGAUGAAGGCAUCACCACGGCGGAGAGCGAGCUGGAGCCGUCGCCGCCGGAGAGCGGCGCGAGCAGGGCGCGCGCGGAGCUGGGCUGCGUGGAGAACGGCCUGGAGGAGCCCGACAGCCCCCAGCGCUUCCGCCACCUCGAGAGCAGCCCCUUGAAAGCCCUGGGCCCCCCGUCGCCCCUGGCCAAGACCCCCAGGAGCGAGCGCAGCGUCAACUUCGACCUGACGCCCACCGGGCUGCUCAACCACUGCGCCGAGGGCGGCGAGGACCCCUGCGGCAGCUCCGAGGAGAAGACCCUGGAGAUGAUGUCCCCGGCCAGCUCGGGGCCGGCCAGCGCCGGCCACACACCCUUCCACCAGUCGCCGGUGGAGGAGGCGGGCGAGGAGGCGGCCGCCGGCGCCAACGCCAACCAGCAGCCCAACUGCUGGGCCCCGGCCAGGGCCGCGCACGACGGCGGCGGCUCCGCGCACGACAGGCAGGCGGGCGGCCUCUCGCUGAGCCCCUUCAAGGACGACGUCGCCGACGUGUCCCCCACCAUCACCACGCCGUCGCUGCCGGCCGAGGUGGGCUCCCCGCACUCCACCGAGGUGGACGAGUCGCUGUCCGUCUCCUUCGAGCAGGUGCUGCCCCCCGUGAGCGAGUCCCCCCAGGAGGACGGGGGCAGCCGGCCCCGCGGGAGCGGGGACGCGCCGCCGCGCCAGCCGGGCCGCCGCUCCGACUCGCCGCACGACGUGGACCUGUGCCUGGUGUCGCCCUGCGAGUUCGAGCACCCCAAGUCGGAGCGGUCGCCCUCGGCCAACGUCAGCCCGCGGGACUUGUCGGACAGCGACCUGUCGCAGGAGAUGGCGCAGCCGCUGGCGCAGCGCCGCGGCCAGCCCCGCCAGCCGGCGGCCGAGACGCCCCCCACCUCCGUGAGCGAGUCGCUGCCCACCCUGUCCGACUCUGACAUCCCGCCGGCCACCGAGGACUGCCCCUCCAUCCUGGCCGACGGGCUGGAGUCGGACGAGGACUCGGAGCAGCCGGCCCGGGGCCUGGCGAGGGCCCGCGACCCGCUGCCCGCCCCCAUGAAGGACCCCUGCCCCAUCCCUGCGCAGCCCGGCAUCUGCAUGGUGGACCCUGAGGCGCUGCCGGGCGAGCAGCCGCGCGCGCCCAAGAAGGAGCAACCCGGCAAGGUGAAGAGGACGCCGUCCCGCGUGGGCUCGGCGCCCGCCGCCCCCAGGCCCGACCCCGCCAAGCCCUCCAGCGUGGCCUCCAAGGCCCGCCUUGCUGGGGGCUCGGCCCGUGACGCCGGGGACAAGGCCAGGCUGCCGCUCGCGGACAAGAGAGGCCCCCAUGGCGGGGCGGCCGGGGACGCCCGCGCCCCUGGGGCCACCCGCAGCGCUGGAGCCAGGUCGCUGGCCGGAGCCGGCCGGGCGUCUCCGGCAGGCUCGCGGGCUGCCGCCCCCCCGGGCCCCCCCGUCUACGUGGACCUGGCCUACGUGCCCGGCUCGUGGAGCGCGCGCACCGUGGACGAGGAGUUCUUCCGGCGCGUGCGCUCCCUCUGCUACGUGGUGAGCGGCGACGACCACCUCAAGGAGGGCGUCAUGAGGAGCAUCCUGGACGCCCUGCUCGCCGGCAAGCACCAGUGGGGCACCGACAUCCAGGUGACGCUGAUCCCCACCUUCGACUCGCUGGUGAUGCACGAGUGGUACCAGGAGACGCACGAGCGGCAGCAGGAGCUUGGCAUCACGGUGCUGGGCAGCAACAGCACUGUGGCCAUGCAGGACGAGACCUUCCCCGCCUGCAAGGUGGAGUUCUGAGCAGGGUCCCGGCCCGCCGGUGGCGGGGAGGACGUGUGGGCUUCAUCCUCACCUUCCUCCUCCUCCGCCUGCCUCCUCC